AUGGAUAGUUUAUCUCCAAAAAAACGGAAAAAGGAAGAAGAGAAAGGUUUUUUUUCCAUGUUAUCAACAUUCUGAAAACCACUUUUUUCCAGGAACAAAUCCAAUCAAAAAGAAAUACAAGAAGAUUUCGGACGAAAUGAAAAAUGCAUUUAUUCCAUCUGAAAGUAAAACGUUGGCAAGAUUGAAUUCAGCAGCGUGGAAAAAGCAUAGAGAGGAUGAGUUCAAAAAGCGAGCUGAGGCAAAUAAUGCGAAUGCUCAAACAAUUUCGGAUAAUUCAAGAGCGGCUGAAACAGUUCGAGAUGAAGUUGAUAAAGAUGGAGCAGAUCCAAAUCUUCGCGAAAUGUCGGAUAUUCGAGCAAAUUCGGAAGAUGAUGAGGCAAAUGAUGCGAAUGCUCAAACAAUUUCGGAUAAUUCAAGAGCGGCUGAAACAGUUCGAGAUGAAGUUGAUAAAGAUGGAGCAGAUCCAAAUCUUCGCGAAAUGUCGGAUAUUCGAGCAAAUUCGGAAGAUGAUGAGGCAAAUGAUGCGAAUGCUCAAACAAUUUCGGAUAAUUCAAGAGCGGCUGAAACAGUUCGAGAUGAAGUUGAUAAAGAUGGAGCAGAUCCAAAUCUUCGCGAAAUGUCGGAUAUUCGAGCAAAUUCGGAAGAUGAUGAGGCAAAUGAUGCGAGUGCUCAAACAAUUUCGGAUAAUUCAAGAGCGGCUGAAACAGUUCGAGAUGAAGUUGAUAAAGAUGGAGCAGAUCCAAAUCUUCGCGAAAUGUCGGAUAUUCGAGCAAAUUCGGAAGAUGAUGAGGCAAAUGAUGCGAAUGCUCAAACAAUUUCGGAUAAUUCAAGAGCGGCUGAAACAGUUCGAGAUGAAGUUGAUAAAGAUGGAGCAGAUCCAAAUCUUCGCGAAAUGUCGGAUAUUCGAGCAAAUUCGGAAGAACAAAAAGAAUUCGAAAUUGGCAACAAAAUGAUGAAGGUAUAUCAAGCAUCAGAUUUAGAAAAACUCUUGAAAUUAUGUUCAAAAAAAUCUGGUCAGGUUGCGGGAAAAAAUGAGAGUAUUGAUGCGAUGGAAGAAUGGUUAUGUAAGCCAUAUGGGUUCGAUGCGACAAAAUCCGGAAGUUCGGAAAAAGAAAAACCCGAAAAGGAUGGAAAUCAUAAUAUGAAAAAAGAUGAUGCUGAUCAAUAUGAGUUUUUCCCCGAGAAGAAAGUAAUAAACUUGCGAGAUUAUUUUACCAAAUGCGAUAAAGUUCCGAAAAAUCGCAAAAAACGAACAUCAGAAUAUUUCAUGAAACCUCCGGUUAUUGAAGAAACGCCAGCAUCUGAACAAUCUCAAAAUAUUUCAAAACAAACGAAAAACUCGUUGGAAUUCGCUUUUGUGUCCAAAUAUAUUUCUAAUAAAGGAGUUAGUAGUGACAGUUUCUCGAAAUCCAACAAAAGAACACUUGAUCCAGGUAAUAAAAUUGAGAAAAAUAUUAGAAAAAAAGUGUCAGCUAAUUUUUUGUUUUCAGAUUCUCAAGAUUUGUCAGUUUACCUUGGCGCGGGUGAAAAACUUCCAACAAAUUUGGCUUCAAGUAAACAAGGAUAUUUGGAUGAGAAUGUGAUGUAUGGAUUGGAUGGAAUUGAAGCUGAUUUUUUCUCGAAAGAAAAAGCAAUUGAUUCGGGUAAUAAAUUUGAAAAAAAAACGAUAUCAGUUAAUUUUUCAUUUUGAUAUUCUGCAGAUUUAUCAGUUUAUCUUGGCGCUGGUGGAGAAUUGCCAACAACAUCGGGUUCCGGUCAACAAGGAUAUUCUGAUGAUAAUAUGAUUUAUGGAUUUGAUCAAAUUGAAAGAUAUUCGGAUGAUAGCUCCGAUAGUGAUGUCGUUUCGAUUUGUUCUCAAAAAUCAGCAGGUUAGUUAAAAGUUAUUUUAAAAAAAGUUUUUUGAAUCUCAAUUCAGAAUUUUGAUAUUCUAAGAAAAGUUUAAAAUUGUACAAUUCCAAACUGAAAUGAGUUCAAAUUUACACAAUAUACGAUGUUUAAAAUUUUGAGAAAUUUAGAAAAUAAUUCACUAAAGAACUGUGAGAUUUUUUGAUAGAAAAAUAUUUAAUAAGAACUGAAAAAGAAAAUGAAAACAAUAAAUCGGAGAGUGUGAAAUUAAGUGAUCAUGAAAUGUUCUGAGAAGUUGAAAAAUAUUAUAAAUAUAAAUAUGUAUUUUUUUUAAUCGGAACAAAGUAUAUGUUUAAUUUUGAAAAAGUUAUAAAAAGAACUAAUAAAACAAAUUUUGAAAAUCGCCAGCCACGGCGUAUUCCAAAAAUUGAAUUGAAAAUAUUACAGAAUCGCGGCGCUGUUUGGAUAUGUUUAUGAGCGAAGUACGCUGUGAAAUUGAACAAGAAAGAAGGAUUUUUGGAGAAAAAUGUUAGUUUUUUCAAUGACAAUCUCGCAAACACAUUCUUCAUAAACUUAUUUUCAGCCAAAAUCCGGAAAAUCAAUGAGGAAGUGGAACAAUCAAAGAGCAAAAAGGAUACGAAAAAGGUCUGGAUUCUCGAAAAAUUCGAAUCAGUAAAUUUUGUGAUAUUUUCAAUAAAUACAUUUUUACUAAAAAUAAAUUAUUUUUCACAAUUUACAAUAAGCUUACAUGUUCGGAAAAAUAGAACUCUAAUUGUAAAGCAACUUUUCAGUGAAAAAUUCCAGUGUUCCAGUUUGAGAAAAUAUUAUUGAUUCGACUAGGGGCUGUUAGCCCCCAGGCGUAACAGUCUUCUCAUUUUUUUCAGUUUCACUUUUUUCUGUGAUUAUUUUCAAUUUUCUGUGGAAAACAAAUUCAUGAAAAAUUUCAAGUUUUUUGAUCAAAAAAUGAUUCGUGGCAAAAUCAGGAAGGCUUCCUAAUUUUGCCAUGGAUAAAGUCAUCAAACUAUUUUUCAUAAAACAUAAUUGAAUCUCUUUUUUUAUUUGCAUAAUUAUAGACAUUACCGUCUCCAAACAGAAAUUUCGGUUUGGAGACAAUAAUUUCAUUUCUGGAUGAAAUUCUAAAUUUUCUCGUUUUUUUAACAGUGUUAAAAAUUUUCUUUCAAUUUUUUUAGCUUCAAAGUUGGUUCUGCGUUGUUUACUAAGCCUAAGCCUGAGAGGAAGUGUCAUUUAGGUCGCAACUCAUCGAUUUCAUGUUUACAUUUUUGGAUUAUUCCAAAUCUGUUACUUUUUUUGUUGACUGUAUACACGAAAAUAAAAACUUCAAUUUUUGUCAGCUACCCGCUCAAAUCGAAAUUUUCAUUUGGGCGGGUAUUUUUGUCAAACAAAACUCGGGCCGAUUUUUUUUCACUUAAAAAAAAACUCGGGUCGAAAAACUCGGGUCGAGGUAAAUCACACGAAUUACAAUUGAAUUCAUGAAAAAUCUUGAAAUUUUUGAUCAAAAAAUGAUUCGUGGCAAAAUUAGGAAGGCUUCCUAAUUUUGCCAUGGAUGACGUCAUCAAUAAAUUUUUCAAAAAAAAAACUUAUUUAAAGGGUUGGUGCUCCGCCAGGGAAUCUUGUUUGGUUUAGGUAGGAAUAAGGUGCUCCUGGAAGGUUCCAGUUUUAGAAAAAAUUAUACAGUCCUCCACAUAAUCUUAGCCUCACCCCCAAAAUUUUCGAAAAAUCGAAAAUUUGAUUUUUUCAGAAAAAGUUGGCAUAGUCAAAAUAUGUCAAAAGGUGAUACAUAAAUGUACCCUACUUCGAAUUUCAGAUAAAAAUGAGGCUGAAAUAAAAAGUUGACUUUUUUGAAAAAUAGGUCUUUUCACUUUCCACAUAAUCUUAGCCUCACCCUAAAAAAUUGCUGGAAUUUCAGGUUUUUGGCUUGAAAUGAGUUUGGAAUGAGGCUGAAAAUGAUAGUUAAAUCAAUUUCAGAUAGAAUUGAGAUGUAAUCAACCACUAUUGAUUGAUUAA